UCUACGCCAUUUCCAUCCAACUGUCAAAACUCGAACCCCCUCUAUGGAUUCCAAAGCUCUACAAACAAUCCACAAUCCAUGAGCUUAAGCAGCAACAACUCGACCUCAGACGAAGCAGAAGAGCACCAGACGAACAACAACAUAAUCAACGAGCGUAAGCAGAGAAGGAUGAUAUCAAACAGAGAAUCCGCAAGGAGAUCGCGUAUGAGGAAGCAGAGACACCUUGACGAGCUUUGGUCACAAGUGAUGUGGUUGAGGAUCGAGAAUCAUCAGUUGCUUGAUAAGCUUAACAAU